AUGUUCAAAAUAACAGUUGUGGUCUCUUUAAUGCUUAUCGCGACAUGGUCUCAGGCUGACGUUAGGCGCAGUAAAAGAGAGGCUGCGUCAUCAAGAGACAACGAUUCAGGUAGCACAUUAUGGGCUGCGAGUCUCUCUUGCGACUCGUGUGGCAGUGAGUGCGCGUCUGCGUGUGGAACGAGACAUUUUAGGUCAUGCUGCUUCAAUUACCUGAGGAAGAAGAGAGGACCUGACGCCCUUAAGUUCCUAUCUCACAACAACCGUGACUGGACACCAGAACCUAACCAGAAAUCCAGACCGAUUCUCAUCUUUGAAGACGCACCAGAACUCAGGAAUAUCAUCCCAAAUGACUUCAACCCUUAUCCCAUUGAAGACGUCUUCGAUAUUAGACAGAAUUAUGAGCAGUAGGAUUCAAAAUUCUAUGUUUUAUGUACAUAUAAUAAUAUAUUAAGAAAUUGAAGGAAAAAAUAUAAUCAGUAUACUUAGUUUGGUUAUUAUAUUGUAAUAAUUUGAAAAUUGUGACAAAAAAGAAUUUUGUAUCUUAAGGCUGGUGAGAUAUGAAAUUUUUAAAAGUAAUAGAAUGAAGAAAAAAAUGCAUAAAUAUAAAACAUCAUAAAUAAAUGAAGUUCAAUGA